AUGGGGGUUGAUGGCAGCUAUGCCAGUAACGUCCCAGCCUUUCUGACCAAACUGUGGACCCUCGUUGAGGAUCCAGACACAAACCACCUCAUCUGCUGGAGCGCUGUGUCUAUAGUGAAAACGGAGGAAACAAAAGUGCGACAGGAAGACUUGAGCAAACUGCUGUAUGAAGUGCAGCUCCUGAGGACACAGCAAGACAACAUGGAGUGCCAAAUGCAAGACAUGAAACAGCAGAAUGAGGUGCUGUGGAGAGAGGUAGUGUCACUCAGGCAGAACCAUUCACAACAGCAAAAAGUCAUGAACAAGCUGAUCCAGUUCCUGUUCAGUCAGAUGCAGCCCACCUCCCCCAACAGUGUGAGCCUGAAGAGAAAGCUGCCACUGAUGCUGGAUGAUGGCUCUCCUGGCAACCCUGCAUCUAAAUUCAGCCAUAGCCACCAUGUGGAACGCAUAAAUGAAUCUUUUUACAUCGAAUCGCCUCCUGGUGACAGUGGUGCAUGCUCUGCCAAUGGAAUGAGUGGAGGACCAAUCAUAUCAGAUGUCACUGAGAUGUCCCAGACUCCUCUGACCAUGCACAUGCAGACAGAUGAGACAAGGGAGAAAUGCAUGAUGCUGAUAAAAGAGGAGCCUGUAAGUCCGGCCAUGAGAGGAGGUGUAAAGGCGGGACCCACUGGAGGGGAUCCCACAGGCCUUUCUCCCUGUGAAGUGUGCCCUGCGGAGCCUCCUGUGCUCCCUGUGGCCCUGGUGCAGUCUGUGCUGGAGGGACGGGGCUCCUCUGGACCUUUGGGCGACAGGAGGAGCAAGAGGAUGGCCUCAGAGAGAGGGGAGGUGUCAGAGGCAGUGGAGAAUGUGGACAUGAGCCUGGAGGAGCUGCAGCUGCUGCUGCUGAGGAGCCACCAGCACAGCUCGGUGGAGGCCGGGGGCAGUGCAGCGGUGGAUCCCUUCACUCUGAGUUUGCCUCUCACUGAGUGGAACUUCAAUGAGAUGGAUCCAAACCUCAAAUCUUACAUGUUCCAAAACCAGGAAGCUGAGGCAUUUCCAGCAAAUGAGUGUGAAGAGCAGUGA